GUGACGGACUGGAUUUUAAAAUUCCCAAUAAAAAACUUGUAAUUUGUACGGAUUUUGUAGCGAAAAAUGCUUUAAUUGCUGAUUAAAAUAGUGUUUAGAUGUCUAAUUUUUGAUAAACCACAAAAGGAAUGGUUUUAAUGUGCUAAUUUACGAGAAAAUAAGUGUUUAAAAAAUUUUGUGUGCUGCUCUUAUUUUUUUUCUCUCUCAUCAUCUUCUUCAAAUAAAUAUAUAUAGUAGAUAUAAAUUUAAUUCGCAAUCCAACCAACACAGUUCCGAAAAAAUUCAAAGAAAAAAUCAAUUCAAAAGGAAAUAAACAAAAAAGUGUUGAAGAAAAAAAAAUAAAAAAAAGAGAAAAUGUCUCAUUAUGCGAUUUAAGUGUUUGAAGAAAAUUCUGUAAAAGCAACAAAUCACAAGAAACUCUCUUUUUUACGGAUUAUUUUGGAUACACAAUUAACCGGAUAAUGGAUACACAAGACGCAGUAUUUGCCAAACAGCGUGCUUGUAUGAAAUGGAUUCUCUCGAAGGCGUAUAACAAUCGUGUGCCAGACAACCUGAAGGAGCCCUUCUACCGAGAUCACGAAGGCAAGGAACACUUACAACCGCAAAUUGUCGUCGGGCUGGGCAAUGCCUCGUUGUAUUGUCAGGUGCUGGCGAAUCUCUACUCCGAUCCAAAUUACCAAAAUCGAAAUCAUUUUUCGAUACUGCAAACGCUCUCGCGCAAAGGGGUGCAUGUGCACGAAAUUGGCGAUGUGCAGCUGACGGAAACGGUGUUGAUUCAAACGAAUCCGCUGAAAAUUAAUGCCCACAUGUCUGUGAUAGAAGCACUUAUGGUUUUGUACGCAAAGGAAAUUGCGUCGGGCGAUCGCGUUGCAUCGGCAAUUGCGCGCAUCACAGGUGCCCAACUGGUCGACACGAAAAACUACGAACAGGCAUUCUUGCAUUGGGUGCAACACGUGUGCGCCGCCCUCAAGAAACGCAUUGAUCAGGAGCUCGAAAUCGAUGGGUACGACGAGAACGGACAACGCUUGCAAUCGCCCGAAAUUCCGCCGUUGCGCGAUUUCAAGGAUUUGUGCGACGGCGUUUGCCUGGCAUACCUCAUCUCGUUCUAUUGCCCCAAAAUUGUUCCUUGGACUAGCGUUAGAAUCAAAUAUUUGCCAAUUGUAGAGGACUCAAUACAUAACGUUUUAUUAGUUAGUAAUUUUUCACAAAAAUAUUUGCCAUAUUCUGUAUUCCAUAUGACACCUGAGGACAUCAGCUACAUGAGAGGAACUAUGAAAUAUAAUCUUUUAGUAUUACUAGCAGAUUUGUUUAAUCUUUUCGAAAUUCAUCCGGCCAAAUGCGUUUGUUAUCCAGAAAUGGGUCAACAAGAAUCUGCAUCCGGAUCGAAAGUCGUCAAUGAACAUGGAAUUGUGACGAAGCGUAGCGCUUUUGUCAUCCAACAAAUAACGCAAAUACCUGAUUUGAGACCUGGAUUGGAUUCACCGACAUCGACGAAUCGUCCGCCGUUUCAAGUCGUUCGAUCACCUUCAGGGACUCAACUCAAAAGACCGACUCCGCCUCGAGAAGCGCCCGAUCAAUCGGUUGACGACGGAUUUGUCGUGCAUCGCAGCAAAGGAGUGCCAACAUUAUCUUCCAUGAACGAGCCUUUGAUGCCGGCGCGCAUCCGACAGGCAAAGGAAAAAUCAAACAACGAUUCAAAGGCUGAUGAAAGAGGCGAUAGUAUUCCCGCAGGACGCCCAAGCAACUGGGGAGAUCAAAGACAUAACACUUUCGCAGGUCGUCGUUCACGUCGCAACUCUUUCAGCGAAGAGUCUCAACUGACUAUCGAGAAUUUCGGUGGUUCGCAAGAUCAAAUCAACCUCAUAGGACGUUUCGAUCGCGGCGGAAGCGUCGGCGAUGAUCGUGUUCGUCGAAUCUCAAAUACGAGUGCGCCGCCCGUGCAAAAUUUCCCCUUGGAACAGCUGCAACCCGUGCGAUCGUCUCUCUCCGAUGCUCGAAGCACGUUGCAACUUGGUUACGACACAGAUUCCGGUUCGGAAAAGCAGGAUAAGGACGACGAGAAAACUCCGGCGUUGCGUCGUCAAACGAGUGUCGACAAUGUGAAUCGAAGCCCAGCUGUAACGGCGAUGCGACAACAUUCCAGAGACAAUAUUGACGGCGAAAUUAGUCGAGUGAAGCAAAUGGCGGCGGUAUAUGGCGCAAAUGAUAGUUAUGAGAAACCCGCAGCAGGCAAAGCGACGUUCGCAACAUUGGCAAAUCCGACGACGUGGCAACAGCAAACGGUGCAUCAUCAACAUUCGGAGGAUAUUGAUGACGUUCAACCGUAUGUCGACGCAUCAAAACUCUCGACGAUCCGUUUGAAGCUCGAGGAGAAACGUCGUCACAUCGAAGCGGAAAAGCGCAAAUUGGAAGCUGCCGUCUCGAAAUAUCAACAAAAGGUUGGAAAAGCUGCCUUUUUACAAGCUAUCAAUAAGGGUAAAGGUGAAAGUACAUCGCAAGACGAGUCACGUGCAAGCAAAGAUUCAAGUUUAAGCAGUAAUAAAACCGAAGAAGAUUCAAAUGCCAGCAGUUCCAAACCUGAAAGACCUUGUAGUCUGCAGGAUAUUACCGGAGAUCCCCUCGAAGCAAGAUGGGAUAUUCAAAUUGACACAAAAAGGACGCCAGAUUUGGAUCAAAUGGAUAUUGAGCAGUACACGCAAAGUAUCGCAAUGAUGAACACCAAUUUGCACGAUAUCCAAUCCGACAUUCAGCGAUUGGCGAGUCAACAGAACCAAAUUCAAGCUCAAACGAUACAAGCGCAACAAUUAAUGCAUGCACAACAGAUCGCCAACAUCCUCAGUCAGCAACAAUAUGGCUCGCAAGUGAAUAUCAGCAACAGCGGUUAUCGCCCCCUGAACAGCAGUUUCGGUUCGAGUCCCCAUUUGUCGCAAUCGCCUCAAUACAACACACGUCCUCCGUCGCGCGAUCAUCAUCAGAUGCAAACGAUCCAAUAUGUGAACGAUCAAGGACAAUAUGUGAACAACAGCCAACCAAGUUACCCAGUUUACGCCCGCGAAAAUAGUCAAACGCAGUUAAUCCAAAAUAAUCAGUUUUCCAACCAAUAUCAGACGUACCAUCAAGACUCGAACCAUUACAGAGAUCCCUACAGCGGAUAUCAGCAGCAGCAGCAACAACCCGAGCAACAGUCGAACAACACUUUUUACUUGCACGAUCAACAACAAGCUCCGCCCCAGCCGACGCAACGUCGCACCUGGGCUCAAUCCGCUCAAAUGCAACGACAACAGCAAGAGCAAAUGCAACAACAACAAUCGCAGCCCGAAAUGACGACAUGGUCCCAAAAUCACAACAAAAUCGAUUCGCGUACAUGGAAAUCGACGCCGAGCAACAGCAGCAGCAACGACAGCGGCAAAGGAAGCGGCGGUUUCAUGUUGCAUCAACAAAACGGAGGCAAUGGCGAUCCCGAACAGUCAUAUCAAAAUCUCUUCCCUGUGCAUGCAAACAGUCCGCAGCAUCGUCAGCACCGACAAAUUUCCCAAAUGAUGAGUAACGAGUAUAAUCGGGUCGAUAACAGGAUGCAAACGCCUCCCGAUGACGUAAUGAUGGCUCCGCAGAGCAUUUCUUUCAUUGCCGACGAAGAUGGCGGCGAAGUUGAUGAAAUUCCUGUGAGCAAGCCGGCAAUUCGCCCGAGAACGGCGCCUUUUAAUCAACAUCAAGUGCAUCAAGAACAACAAAGGGAAAGCACUCCGCCUGCUAAUUCAACGAAAUUGGAGCUGAAUUUGGCGAAAUUGAAUAUUACCAGUGGAAAUCGUACUUAUCGCAUACCGUCGCCUACGAGACCCGCCAUAAAUCCAAAUAGUUUUCAGAAUCCUCAAGAAGAUACAAGUGAAAAGGGCUUCUACAUUUCCUUCGACAAUGAACAACCGAAGAGACCAAAGCCUCCAUUGCGAACAAAAAGAUCCCCGAAAAAGGACAAAGACUUCGAUAACAAAGAAAAACUUGAGUCAAAACAAGCAUCCAACGACUACAGCAACAACAGCUCCGAAAAAGAACAAAUUGAAGAGCCCAUUGCUCGUCGUAACUUUGGAUCACAUCAAGCCUCUCCGCCCGCAAGUGUUCCCCAAUACAUCCAACAACCUCCAGUGCCAGCAGAUCGUCGUCAUUUGGAAGAUCUGACGAACCAAUCGUCGCAAAUGAACAACAUUAUUCACAACAAUUCGUACCAACAACAAAUGCAAAAUAAUAACAACAAUAAUGCACCGAAAGAGAGCAAAGCGAUCAUCAUUGGACCUGAAUCUGGUUUGGAUCCCAACUCCGUUGACGAAAUGGAACGCAAAAAAGAAAAAAUCAUGCUCCUCUCAUUGCAACGUCGACAACAACAAGAAGAAGCAAAAGCUCGCAAGGAAAUCGAAGCUAUGCAACGUCGAGAACGCGAACGCGAAAAAGAAGACGAAAAAGAACGUAAAAAACUUGAACAAGCUGCACGUCGAGCUGCAAUUUUAGAACAACAUAAACUGAAAAAAGCUAUUGAGGAAGCAGAACGAGAAGGCAAAACACUUGACAAGGCUGACUUAAUGCUGCAACAAAAACUCCAACAACAAAUGCCAAAAUUGAGACCGCAAAAGGUUGUUCGUCCUCGUCCGAAGACCAUUCACGUCGAAAGCGGGUCUGUAGACUUGAGUGAAGCUUCGAGCAUGUCUAGUCGAGGAAAACGCGGAUCAAAUACGAAUUUAACGGGCGUUGGAUUACACUCAAAUUCCAAUUCAAAUUCGAACACUAUGAGACGUGAUUAUUACCGAGGUUCUCAGGACUCAUUAGCUAUGAGAGAACCAGUUGCUGAACGAGGUCGAACACUGUCACGCAUACAAAUUGCCAAAGCAGGUGCUAACUUCCGGGGUCGUAAAUCAAAUUCGCUUAUGAAUCUGUGUGAUUCAGAUUCAGGCUUAGGUAGAGCAACGCCGCCACGCAGAGCUCCAUCUCCCGGCAUGGGUCCGGGUGCACGUCAUUUACCAUCUCCAUCGGGUCCCGGCUCCUUGCCGCCCGGUUUAAUGACAAAACGACGAAUUUUCGAUGACGGAUCCAGUGAUAUCUCAUCGGCAGCCAGCUCCAUGCUGGAAUACAGUGGUCCACGUUUGUACAAGCAACCAGCGACAAAGUCAAAUCGUGGAAUAAUCUUAAACGCCGUCGAAUACUGCGUUUUUCCGGGUGCUGUGAAUCGUGAGGCCAAACAAAAGGUCUUGGAGAAAAUUGCGCGUGCCGAAGCAAAACACUUCCUUGUGCUGUUCCGUGAUGCCGGAUGUCAAUUCCGUGCGCUGUACAGUUAUUACCCCGAAAACGAGCAAAUUAUCAAGCUUUAUGGCACGGGACCGAGUCAAGUAGAUGAUGUGAUGUUUGAUAAGUUCUUUAAAUACAACUCGGGUGGCAAAUGUUUCGCUCAGGUCCAUACAAAACACUUAACUGUUACAAUUGAUGCAUUUACAAUUCAUAAUUCAUUGUGGCAAGGCAAAAAAGUGGCUUUACCAAGUAAAAAAGACAUGGCAUUAGUUAUAUAAGAAAAUUAUCAACUCUCGAAGAAACACUAAUUAAUAAAAAAAAUCGUACGAAAGAAGAGCUACAACUAAAAAAAUCAGAAAAUAACUCAAGAGAAUUUUUAAUAUCGUUUUAAUUUGUAAAAUUAAUUAAUUAAUCAUCAUUGCUAUUAUUAUUAUGUUUAUUAUAUUCAUAAAAUAUAUAUGUUUAUCAUUAAUUCUUACAACAUUACAACAAAACUCACGUAUCGUUAAAAAAAAUAUUUUAACCGCGAAUUAAAAAAAAAUAUUGUAAUGUCAAUAAAUGUGGAGGGAAAUACUAACAAACCCGCUAAUACACGAAAAAAUAAAUAUUUAAAAAUUAUUCUAAUCAAUUUUAGCGUCAAACCGAUGUAAAAAGUCAUUAGAUGAUAGAAAAAACGCUUUCCAGUUUCAUUUUUUUUAUUAUUAUUUAUAAUUAUUUACAAUUAAUGAAUUAAGAAUUAAUAAUCAGGAAAAUCUUAACAAAAACCGCGACAGGUUGAUUAACAAAAAAAUUUAAAAAAAAACAUCUUUAGUUAAGUUCCAUUAAUUAAUUAAAUUAAAUAAAAUAAAAAUGUACCAAUUUAAUCUGAAAAACAAAAAAGUUCUUGAGCUCUUCUGAGAAAGACUUGAUCAAAUUCAAUCCAUGACUGAAAAUUUUUUUCUCGUUCUUCUACAAUUUUAAAGAGUUUUUUGUAGAGACCAACAACCACUUUUUAAAUAAAUAAAAGAUAAAAUGCCAAGUCAACUCCACUAAAAAAAUAAAGUUUUG